GUAGAAAUUCCAAUUGGAAGAACCCAAUGCCGUUAAAUGACCUUGGAAGAGGCGGAGCAACCAGCCAGCCCUACAAUCAACAAAAACAAUUUCAUGCGUUUCGCUGGAAUGUUUAUUUAGAUUUGGUGUAAAUAAAAAUGAGCGUGCGCGAGUGUGUGUGUGCUAGGGCCCAACAGCUGAUCCGCCUAGCUGCCACCUGAUUUUGGGACUGGGGGUGGGGCUCUGUUAUUCUGUAUGCUCGCGAUGAUCUCAUUCUCUUAAAAUCGGAGCAAUAGCUAAAACAACCUGACACAUGUGUUUUCUGCCCCUGUAGUUACCUAGUCUUGGAGGAUCUGGAGGAGCAAUGGGUAAAGAUCAGCAUUUGCUGGAGGCAUCGCGAGGCGGUGACAUCAAAACGGUAGACAAACUGUUGGAGCACUCAAGCAAACGCCAUGGACCGCUGUCCAGCUUUCGUCGCAGCCCCAGCAUUAAUUGCCAGGACAUGAAUGGAUAUACUUCGCUGCACCACGCAUGUCUAAAUGGUCAUAGCAACAUUGUGCGGCUUCUCCUAUCCCACAACGCACUGUUAGAUGUGCCCGAUAUACGUGGCUCCACGCCUCUUUUUCUGGCUGCCUGGGCAGGGCACCAGGACAUCGUCAAGAUGCUGCUGAUGCACACUCCAACAGGUGCAAAUCCCAAUGCUCAGACCAUCGAGAACGAAACGCCGUUGCACUCGGGUGCUCAGCAUGGUCACAAUGCCGUGGUGGCCAUCUUGCUGUCCUAUGGUGCCGAUCCCGCCAUACGAAACAAUAGCUUCCAAACGGCUCUGGACUUGGCUGCUCAGUUUGGCCGCCUGCAAGUGGUUCAGACCCUGCUUCGCAUUGAUCCUGACCUGAUAUUGCCAUAUAAGCGUUUGGAGGAGGAUGAGGAGCUGCUGGGCUGCUCUCCCAUUAAGCACAUCUUCACGCACACAUGCCUGCACUUGGCCAGCCGGAAUGGGCACAAAAAGGUGGUGGAAACACUACUGGCGGCCGGCGUCGACGUCAAUAUACUCACAAACGCGGGCAGCGCCCUUCACGAGGCGGCUCUCUGCGGCAAGAAGUCCGUAGUGGUAACCCUACUCAAAGCUGGUAUAUACGUUCAUGCGACCGAUGGGAAUGGACGCACAGCUCUGGACAUACUCUCCGAUUAUCCGCCGCAUGUGACCUACGACAUUGUAGCUGCCAUCAACGAGUUCACACAAGCGACGAGGGAACAGAAGCCACUCGCUGUGGAGAACGGAACACAGUCGCUGCCGAAGAGACUGUACGAGAAGAACUCGCAGCGACAGAAGCUACCGCCUAGGCAGAGGAAAAAGCAAGAUCAUCAAGCCAACGGACUUUCGCACUCUUUAAGCUCUCUGGACGUAUUUGCCAAGGCGCCGGAUAACUACCUGCAAAUGAAGCCCAUUAUUCAGCAGAAGUCCUGUGACAACAUGACCGACAUAAAGUCUGAUGGUAGAGAUCCGUGGUCCAGCUACAAGCCGGUGUAUAAACAACCAAUCCUGCCCAGCUUUCGGACAGGCAGUGAUAUCUCUAACGGAUCGGUUCCCUCAAGAUCGUAUGAGUACAUUAAUCUACUGAGAAACGGUUCCGCCAGCGAUGAUAACUCCGCCAGCACCAGCAGCAAUUCUGCGGUGCGUCAGCAAGCGGUAGCUACAUAUGUAGAGAUGACGCUACCGUCUCCUCCGGUUCCCAAACCACGCACUCGAAUAAACGGCGAAUAUAACGACUACGCGAAUCUGGUGCCAAUAGAAGAAGGCAGCUGCGUGGCAGAUGUAGACAAUAACAAUAACAGCAAUGGUAAUGGCAACAAAUUGCGAUUGGUUCGCCAUUCACCCACGCCGGAUUAUCCACCACCCACGGUUACCGAGGCGGAGCGCACGAUCUUCAACUUCAUGCAGCCGGCUACUUUACGCAAAAAUAGUUUGCUGGAACUAGGGGAUUCACCGCGGACCACUAACUCGGUUAGCUCCGACCAGGUGGAAGAAUUCGUUGCCGAUGUCCCUUUCGCUGGACUCUUUAAAGGAUCAACUUUGAACUUGUCCUCGGAUGUAGUAGAUGGAAAUGGUUCUCAGACAGGGGAUCGAGAGUUUCUGCGAUCACCCAGCAUGGUAAGAUCGGCACACGCCCAAAACCACCGACGCAGCCUGUCCAAGCAACGAUUCUCUGCUUUGGGAGAGGACUUUAGCGCCUCUCGAGUGUGGGCCGAGAUCGAUACAAUUUUUGAGAACAUUGGCAACGAAGUGUCCACUGUUGAGUAUGAAACCGAUGAGCUGAUCAGUGAACCAACAAGCCUUUCCUUAGAAGAUUCUCGACAAUCCUUGCACAUACGAGAUCCGGCGGAAUUGCUGCUGGGAAGAAAACAGAGCUCCACCUCCAAUUGGUGCCACUCGCCAUACACCCUAAUCUAUGGCGAAAUACGAUAUUCUCUGUUCUAUCUUGGAUCAACAGUAAUAAGGAAGCUGCAGGGUACCCUUUCAACGCGCAAAUCCAUCCAAAAACUGAAGAUCGAUGAAAACAUGAAGUCUGCGGCAAGUGUUAGUGAUUUCAGUUUGCUCGAGAACUGCACCACUUCUACAAAGUACCUGAAGGCUGCCAACCUCCAGUCGCGACUCAAUGUGGACAUUGCUGUUUCCUGUAUCGGCGUCAAGUUUAUAGAUCAUGAUAAAAAGACUGCCAUUUGUUGCCAUGAGAUAGAGAAUAUCAAUUGCGUUUGCCAGGACUCUGGAGAUUUGCGCUAUUUUGCGUACAUAACCAAAGAACAGGACCUGCACUAUUGCCAUGUCUUUAUGGUGGAUAGCUUGGAAUUAGCUAAGGAAAUCAUUAUGACCCUGGGACAGGCCUUCGAGGUGGCCUAUCAGUUAGCCCUGAGCAGACAGGGCACGCCCUUAAACGGAGAGUGCUAAGCCAUGGAAGUGCCAGAACUGCCACUGGGCGGUCUAUAUUAUUUAUUUCAUUGCAUUUUACAUGUAAAUGUUUUUUUUCAUUUGCUAGUCGUUGAUGCCAUCUCUAUGCUGGCUUUGCUUCACAUAAGGCAGCUCACAUGUUAAGUAUUUUGACAGUUUUUUAAAUAAAUUUAUAACAAA